AAGAUCGACGCUUAUUUCAAUACAGACUCACGCGCAGCUAAGCGCGCGCAAAAAGAAACGGUGACGUCACAAAAGUAUUAAAUAUUCGAACUAAGAACGUUGGGUUUCAGUGUGUUGUGUGUUUCAGUGUUGAGUGGUAGCCAGUUGUGAUAAUUAUAAAAAUGAAGCCACUGCUUCCAGUGGUGGCGUUAUGCCUCCUUGCCGCUUGCCACGCUGCUCCCGAGAACAUUGAACAGGUCAAAGAACUGCCACAGAGCAAGGAACCCAUAGUAGAAGCCGAAGAAAGCCAACCCCAGACCAGAACCGAAAGGUGCACAACGUGCGGUGUUGGUGGCAGCUUCAACCUUAAUCUUAAGGCUCCAAAUGUAUUGGCUCAGCUGCAAAAUAUCCCUGGCGCUGAGGUACAUACACAGCAGUCCUUUGAAAGCUGCUCAUCCGACAAAGGAUGCGCAGGAUUGAAAGUCAAGGACGGACGCGUCAUCGAAAGGUUUGGAAAUGCUGACGCUUUCCGAGCGGCAGCCGCGGCCGAUACCGGCAACGAAUUCACUUUCCACGCAGCUGGAAACUUAGCCAAUGUAUUCGAAGGAGGCAUCCCUGGACAGGGACCUUAUUGGUGGAUGAAUGAGAACUCACCUUUCAAAAAUGGCGCAGCUGGUGCUGCUGGCGUUUCUGGUGGAAAUUUCGAGAAGUUCAGCAAGUCGUCGUCCAGCUUCACAAGCUCUGGUAGCGCGGCAGGCUUGGGAGGUGGUGCUGGUGGUCUGGGCGGUGGUGCUGGUGGUCUGGGCGGUGGCGCUGCAGGCGCUGGCACAGGAUCCGGAGCCGCUUUCGGAGCCUCAAUCGAUUUAGCCGCAAACCCCUUCCUCAACGGAGAAUUCUCGAAAAUCGCCGGCGGAUUCGCUGGUGGCCAAGAAGUGAAACCUUCAUCUUUCCAAUCCUCGUCUUUCGAGUCUUCCUCCUUCAGCACUUCAAGCAAAGGUGACCUUGACUUGAGCAAGAACCCAUUCUUAAACGGAGGAUUUAACAAAGCACAAGGAUUCCAAGCUCAAGGAGGCUUUGGUGCCAACAGUGGCGCAUCAGGGGCAACGGGAGCAGGCUCAGGCUUUGGAGCCGGCCAGAACUUCGGAGCCGGUAGUUCUCAGUCAUCGUUUGCGUCAGGAAGCAAAUUUGCGUCUGGAGGAUACACUGGCUCUUCGCCAUCCCCCUUCACAGCCUCCACGGCUGGAGCCAACGUCAACCUGAUCCAGAAUACACAGAAAACGAACGAAUUCGACUUUGAGCAACAACAGCAGACUCAACAGAACAUAGAUGAGGUGUUCCAGGGUACUGGAAACGUCCACGCUCACGAACACAGCGGCGGAGAACUCCAACAGACCUGUGCUGGACAAGGAUACGUCUGUGUUCACAAGGCCCAGUGUAACAAUGGUGUUGUGAACACCAACGGCGCUGGACUCCUGCAGGCGAAAACGAAGAAACAGUACUGCAACACCAAGACAGAAAUCUGCUGCAGGAUUGAGAUCUCCACGUUACAAGGUGCUGGAGGCCUGCAGGGCUCCCUGGGCGUGGGCUCAGCCACCUUCCAGGGCUCAGGCAGCCAAGGCUCAGGCCUCUUCGUCCAAGGAAACCAGGGCUCAGCCCAAGGAAGCGCGAGCUUUGGACAAUCCGGCCAAUCCGGAAGCUCUGGAUCUGGUCUUGCCGGAUCAGGCAUCGCUGGACAAUCGGGACAAUCUGGAUCAUUCGGAUCCACCUCUUCUAGCUUUGGAUCUUCGUCAAGCUUUGAAUCAAGCUCAAGAGGAGUCGGGGCACAAGGAUCAGGGACUCAAGGGUUUGGAGCCCAAGGUAAUGGCGCCCAAGGGUUUGGCGCCCAAGGGGCUAACGCUCAAGGUUUCGGUGCCCAAGGCAACUUUGGCAGCACCACAGGAUCAGGCUUCAACGCCUUCGGAACCGGCGUGAACCGCGGUGUCACCAUCGAAUCCAGUUCCUCCUCAUUCGAAGGAACUCGUGGAACUUCUGGAGGAUUCGAAGGAUCCCGAGGAACUGGCGCUUUCGGCGCUGGUAGCACGAACACGAACAAGUUCGGAGCGUCAGGAACUUUCGGAACUGGAUCUAACUUCGGACCUACUGUUGCUCCUGGAGGAACUGGUUCUACAGUCUACAAACAGACCAGCCAGACAAACUUCAUUGAGACUGAUUCCUUCUCAGCUGGUAGCGAGAACGCGGGAGUCUACCGCCCUGGAAGUACUGGUCUCAAACCUGGUAUUCCCUACCUUCCUCCUGUUGACACCAGCAACAGUGGCUCUUCUAUCAGCUCGACAGUAUUCCCUUCAACCUUCGCGACAACUCCUCGUCCCUUCGUGACUCCUAAGCCCACAUAUCUUCCUCCAGUCUCCACGGCCGCCCCUGGAUACUUGCCUCCCGAGGUUCCAGAGCAGACCAUUAACACUGAGACCAGGGUACCCAAGCCCACAUACACAGAUGGAUCCCUCAUCUUGGACCAAAACAGACCCGGAAACAGGAAGCCCGUAGUCCCCAUUGCCAGUGAAAUCCCCUCUGGAUGUGCUGCUGCUCUGAAGUGCACGCCCAUCGAGUACUGUACCGCUGAGGGUGUCAUCUCGAACACGACUGUCUUGCUGACCAGAGAUCAGGAUGCCUACAGAGUGCCUCUUACGGACUGCAAAGACCUCAGCACAGGUGUUGUGGGCAAGUGCUGCAGAGACCCCUUCUACACCGACCCCUGGCCGACCAACCAGCUGGGCAAGUGGGUGCAAGGAGUUUUCGGAGGCAACGAUGGGAAGUAUACUCCUGACAGCAGGGGCAGUGGAAGCAUCAGUCGCCCAUUGGUCACCGCAAGACCCCCCAAUACUGGAUCUACGUUGUUAAAUAACUUCAGGACACCGAAACCCACACUCCCACCAUUCGGACCCAACCAGGUCACCCCUGGAUUCCCGACAGCUACCGUGUCCCAGUCAGCUUACGGCCAAAAGGGUCAGUUUGAGGUCCGAGGUCAAGGUCAGUUCGGCCAAGGUGGCCAAGGACAGUACUCGCAAGGAGGCCAAGGUCAAAUCGGGGUGGGUGGACAGGGAACCCAAACAAGCUUUGGACAAAGCCAAUACUCUACCAGCCAAUACUCCAGCGGCUCAACCCAACUUGGUGCUAACCAAGGCCAACUUGGCAUCCAGGGACAAGGUCAACUUGUCAGCCAAGGCCAAGGUGCUUUAGUUAACCAAGGACAAGGCGCUCUUGUAAGCAGAGGACAAGGCCAACUUGUCAGCCAGGGCCAAGGCGCUCUUGUCAGUCAAGGCCAAGGCGCUCUUGUUAGCCAGGGCCAAGGCGCUCUUGUCAGCCAGGGUCAAGGUCAAUUGGUCAGCCAAGGACAAGGUCAAUACAGUCAACAAGGACAAGGUCAAUAUUCCCAGGGUGGAAGAGGACAAUUCGCUGUUGGUGGACUGGGCCAAGUUGAGCAGGGUGCCCAAGGACAGUACUCCCAAACGUCUCAGACUCAGAAGGGCUUCGGGCAAGCAGUCAUCUCUGGACAAGGACAAUCAGUUAGUCAAGGUAAGACAAUGUUGUGGAUUCGAACAACUACUGAACUGACUUAA